CCCGGAUGGAAGAAAUGGUUCGGUCCGAUGGUGCUCAUGCCUUUUAGCUCCGGGCGGGAACGCGGGGAGGCGUUGCGUCGUUCCGCCGCUUCCGGUGUCCGGGCCCUUCCCCUAGGCCUCAGCCACCCAUGGCCCUCCCAGGUGGCAACAAGGACAACAUCAGGGCAGGAUGUAAGAAAUGUGGCUACCCCGGCCACCUGACAUUUGAAUGCCGGAACUUUCUCCGGGUGGAUCCCAAAAGGGACAUUGUCUUGGACGUCAGCAGCACGAGCAGUGAGGAGAGUGAGGAAGAGAAUGAAGAGUGGAACAAGUUGCAGGCUUUGCCAGACAAGAAAGGGACGAAUGAGGAGGAAGAAAAGAAAAAACAGAAAAGAAAAAGCAAAGAGAAAGCUAAGUUGAAAAAAAAACGGAAAAGGUCUUAUUCAUCCAGUUCUACUGAAGAAGACACCCCAAAACAAAAGAAACAGAAAUCCCAGAAGAAAGAAAAAAAAAAGGAGAAAAAGAGCAAAUCGAGGAAAGGGAAACAUCACAAGAAGGAGAAAAAGAAGCGCAAAAAAGAAAAACAUUCAUCUUCUGAUAGUUCUGAAUCUUCUAGUAGUGACUGAGCUAUUAGCCCAGACUGCUGACAGUGUCUGAAAGACAAAUAAUGAUUUGACCUUUGUCCUUUGGCUGCAAAUUAUGCUUUAUGUUUUCUACCUACUUCCCCAGAAACACGCCGUCAGAAACCCUGCACUACGCACCUGUAUAGUUGUACUGUCAAAGGGAAAUUAUUCUUUUGGAUUCUUCACUCCCCCUGUUCUUUCUCUCAGUGGUUUCUCCAUAAACUUAUCAUAAAUUGAAAUAACUUUUUAUCCUGGUUAGAGCAGUUUUUUUGCUAAAUGAAAUCUGUAUCCACUUUAAAAGGUGACAAAUUUUCAGUGGGAUUUUUGACUUGGUUCCUGUGCCCUUUCCUAUAUCAUGGUAAAACUACAUAUCCUUAUCUGCAUAAAUAUUGUUAUAGCAAAGUUUCUUUCUGUUUUCCAGGGGACCAGACUUUUUGAUUGUUUUAGGGCGAUAUGCAGCCUUACUGGCUUUGGCUAGCCCUCUUUUAAAACUAGUAGUUUCCGAGGAUAUGUGAAUGGCAAGUACAUUAUAUGACCAAGUUUUACCGUUUGUGAAACGCUAGCCUUUUCGAUAUUUCUUUAUGUAAGAAAUCCAGCCCGUGACCGAUAGUCCCAAUCUUGUUCUAAAGUUGGCAUCUAAAUGGAGAGAGAUUAGUAGCAAUGGCAGGAGCAGCUGUGAGGUUUUGAAAAUGUGCCAUAUUGGCAUAUGUAAAAAUGACGCUUCAGCUAUGAGCAUUUUUGUUUAGGAUGAUAAAUGGAAUCUUCUACAUUCAGGUGAAUUUGUAUUGUAAUCAGUAUCAAAACUUUCUUCUAUUGGAGUAGUGAUGCAUUUUUUUAUAAGAGGUAAUCCACCGUUUGUCCAACUUUUACAAGAAAUGCAUUUUGGAACUCAUUUGAUCCAGAUUUUUGUGGUCACCAGACUGGCCAAUUGUGUGUUAUUGUUUAUCGUCCACAAAACCAUCCAUAAAAGCUUGAGCAAAUUCAGAAA